AUGAGGACGGCGAUUUUUGCUGCGCUCGCAGCUGCGGUGACGGCGAAUCCCACGCUGAGGAGCAGGCAGUCUGGCAAGGAGCUGGUUACACCUGACGCAUUGAAAGCCGAGAUCAAAGUGGAAAACCUCAUGGCUGGCGCGCAAACGUUACAAACUUUUGCCGAUUCGCAAUCCAACGGCACCCGCGUCCUCGGAAGUGCAGCAUGCAACAGCACGCUUCGCUGGGUCAAAGAUGAGCUCGAUGCAACCGGCGCUUACGAUGUUGAGCUGCAGCAAGUGCGCGUCGUCAGACAGGUCAGCGGCCAGAUCAACAGCUCCAUGGUAAACGGUACGAAUGUAACCGCCAGCUUGCUGGAAUACUCGCCUUCAGGAUCCGUCACCGCGACUCUAGUGCCCGUUGCCAAUCUGGGCUGUGAAGCCUCCGACUACCCAUCUGCGGUGGCCGGAAAGAUUGCUCUCAUCUCGCGCGGAACAUGCGCUUUUGGCCAGAAAUCCGCACUCGCGGGCGCGGCGGGCGCUGCAGCCGCCAUUCUGUACAACAACGUCAAUGGCACUCUCGGAGGGACUUUAUCUCCAGGACCGCGGCCAGAGGGUGCUUAUAUCCCCACCAUCGGCAUUGCACAGGAGCUUGGCGUUGGAUAUGUUGCUGCGAUCAAAAGCGGCGCCAGCAUCAGCGCUACGAUCAAUGUCAAGACUGAGAUCCAAAACAUGACAACGUACAACGUGCUUGCGACGACCAAGACGGGAGAAAGGACCAACAAGCUGUGUCUCGGUGCGCACACGGAUUCCGUGGCCGAGGGCCCCGGCCUCAAUGACGACGGCAGUGGCACAAUCGGGAUCCUGGAAGUCGCCAAAGCGCUCGCAAAGUACCAGGUGCACAAUGCCGUCGUGUUUGGCUUCUGGGCUGCCGAGGAAGCAGGACUCGUGGGAUCAAAGCACUUUGUCAGUAGCCUGUCUGCAGAGGACCUAGCCAAGAUACGUGCGUAUCUUAACUUUGACAUGAUUGCAAGCCCAAACUACAUCAACGGCAUCUACUCGAGCGCCAACGCGCCAACAGGCAGCGCAGCACUAGAAUCCGUACUCAACGCAUCCUACGCCUCGGCCGGCGCAAACACCAAACCAAUCACCUACCUAACAGGGCUUUCGGACCACGCGUCCUUCCAAGACGCCGGCAUCCCCGUCAGCGGCAUCUUCACGGGCGGCUCUGAGCUCAAGACGGAGGAAGAAGCGCGCUUGUUUGGCGGCCAAAUGGGCGUGUCGCAUGACAGGUGUAAUCACAAGGCUUGCGAUACGGCUGGGAAUCUGAGCGCGGACGCCUUCUUGCUGAGUGCGAGGGGCGUGGCGCAUGCGGUGGCGACGUUUGCGGUUUCGUGGGAGGGUGUGCCCGAGAGGAGGAGAGUGAUGAAUUGA